GUCAGCAGAGCCACAAAGUCACCUUUUAAAGAGUUCUUUUCACUCCACCCAAAGAUAUGAAAUUGGGUGGAGUUGGAGAGUGGGAGUUGGCUAAACUGGUCAGUUUAACGGUUCUGAGUUCAGCUUUGAUUAACUAUCAAAUUAACAAAAAAUGAGUUGGAAACUUUCAUUAUGGAAUAUCUUACAGACUACUUAUUCUUAUAUCUUGGGAUAGGCUCCAGCCCUGGGUGACCCCUAACAGUUAAGAAAAUUGGAAGUAAGAUAAUCAAAAAUAUUGUGCAGACUUGGAUAGGAAUAAAGAACUGGAUGAAGAAGAUUUUAAUUUUAACAUACGACCAAACCAUAACAUUAAGGUCCUGCAUUUGCCAUUUGUACAUGCGUUUAAUAAAUAAACUUCACAAAGAGUUUUCUUAAAGAGGAAAAUGACAAGAAAAGAAUGGUACACCCGCACAUCCUACAGGCCUUUAUUGACUUGCUGUAAGUAGAAAAAAAAUUAAAUAACUUUGUCUCCACUUUUGUUUUUUUCUGGUAAUCCACAAAACCUUUUCUGUCAUUCUCUUAAAUAUUUUCAGUAUUUCUGCCAUAUUUUAGAACCUGUUUUUCAUCCUCAAUUUUCUACACCUGAUGUUUAACUUUACAUCAAUAUAUCAGUAGCAACUGUCCACUCUGAGCUACAUUUGAACUCCUGCAGAGAACAAACAGCUGCUGUAAAAAUUUAAACUGCCCUGUGAGAGGAUUCACCUGCUGAAGAUUAGAUAAGCCUUAGAACUGACAGUUUUUUUGAAGCGAAUGUCAUUGACAUAGAUUUUGGUUGUAGUGUUGGUAAAUGAUAGCCUAAACAAAAGUAUUUAAAUUUUAACCUACACAUUAAAACAACAUCCCUGGACUCUCUAAGUUCAGUCAUAUCUGUGAUAGCUGCUUUCCACAUUAGGAUUUGGUUUUUGAUCAUCUGUUUGGAAACAUAAAUUAGCCAAUGACUUGUUACUCUAAAUACAGCCAUAAACAUUUAGAUGCAUGUGUAUGUACAGUAAAUGUAUCUAUAAAGCCCUGCUAUAAAUCCAGCUAUCUUUCCAGACCCAAAUUUGAAGCCAACAGCCUUUUUAAAGUUAUGAUCAUGUACCCAUUUUGCUUUUUCUCAAAUUAUUAUUAUUAAAUACAUAAAUAGAUAAAGAAAUACAAACUAACAGGUGACUUGUCGUGAAUUAAAUGGUAAUAUUAGACUGAUAUGAAUACAAAAAUUGGAGGGUUACUGAUUUGAUUUAACUGGCUCUCACUGAAAAUUUAAGUUUUAAAAUGUGCACAUUCAUUUAAUGAAGAUGUUUCUUAAGUGAAGCCAAAAAGAAGAAAUGAAUCCUGAUUAUCUUGUUAAGUUGUCUUGCCUUAUACAGUCUUUUGUUUGGUAUUUGUCUCAUGGGAACUGUUACAUAUCAUUUUGAACAUGCUCAAAUGCCAGGACCUUAUCUGCGAGGUGGGUCGGGUGUGUGCAUUUCCUGUUUCAUAUAUAAGACCUCCACAGAUUGAGCUGAACACAACUCCAACAGCAACAACAGGCAAGAUGACCAGUCUUUCUGCAAAGGACAAGAACACAGUCAAAGCCUUCUGGGCUAAAGUGGCUGGCAAGGAGGAACAAAUCGGCUGUGAUGCUGUCUCCAGGAUGCUGACAGUGUACCCUCAGACCAAGACUUACUUCUCCCACUGGAAGGACCUGAGCCCCCGCUCUGCCCCGGUGAAGAAGCACGGAGCAACCGUGAUGGCUGCAGUUACUGAUGCUGUCAGCAAAAUCGACGAUCUGACCGGAGCUCUUCUGAGCCUCAGUGAGCUGCACGCCUUCACUCUGAGAGUGGAUCCUGCUAACUUCAAGGUUCUGUCUCACAACCUCCUCGUGGUCCUGUCCACCAUGUUCCCCCAGGACUUCACCCCUGAGGUCCAUGUGGCUAUGGACAAGUUCCUGGCUGCUGUGGCUCUCGCCCUGUCUGAGAAAUACAGAUAAACUGCAUUAUGUGCUCGAGUACUCACUGACAGUCUGACUUGUAAUAAAAGAUCCAAUGCAAUUAAACUCUCGUGGUCGAUUGUGAUUUGUGGUGAUCGUUUUUAAACAGUUGGAUUAUUAUUGUAGCUGUUACCAGAAGUGUUUUUUUUCUCUUUAUGGGCCAAUUAAAGAAGAAUAGCGAUUAAUUUAUUGAAAGCUUAUAUACACAACUUAAAAACAGAGCAUGUGACAGUCCUCUGGAGCUAGUAGUACUGUUUUCUCAGGGAGGCUAGAGCUACAAAGACUCUCCCGGAAGCUGCACGGACCUCAGCAGUGAAGUAUUGACCCAAACGAGCAGCAACUACA